AUGCAGUUUUCCAACCCCUACAGCCGAAAGCUGAUAUUUCUGGUGUUGUUGGCUGUGCCUGCGUACUUUUUCUUUUCUCGUAUGUACAAUCAUUUCUCGAAGGAAACUUUCGUCCCCCCUGCACCCUCCUCCUCGCUCUUGCCCUGUGACCGCGUCGACCCCUCAGUGAGUGUAAAACGGGCCAAUUCAGUAUUCAAUGCGAGUCUAUCGCUCGAGAAAAUUGACAAGCUUGCCCAGGAUGAAUUCAAUCGAGUAAAUUGCUUAUCCAUUCACAACACAGCGAAACCCAAAGUUAUCAUCAUUGUGCCCUACAGAGAUCGCGCCAAGGACCUGCUAACCUUUUUGAUUCACAUGCUUCCCUACACUCGGUACCAGGGCGCUAAAAUGCAGAUUCUGGUAGUGGAACAGAAUGGCACCGCGCCCUUUAAUCGCGCGAAGCUCUUCAAUGCCGCCAUCCGGGAAAUCGACAUGUCCGGAACUCGCGGCAAAGACGACCGACUUGCUGGCAGUGUGUGCUUUUCCCUUCACGACAUCGACAAACUCCCAAUACAUCCGGACGUGCCUUACGUCUGCAAGUCUGGUCCACACCAACUUUUACGAAACCGAAAAUCCACAAAAGGAACCUAUUGGACAUAUCCGGGCUUUCUUGGAGGGGUGACAAUGUUCUCCCGAGAGCAGCUGGAGCGGAUGAAUGGAGCGUCAAACUCGUUUGAGGGGUGGGGUGGCGAGGACGACGACAUGUCGAUGAGGGUCCGCAUGAGCAAAAUGAGUGCUGUGCUGGCGCCGGUCAGUGUGGGCGAGUUCUACGAGGCGUCACUUGAACACACUCGGAACUUGAAUCCUCAACGAAUGAAUCUCCUUACCAGACCGGACCAAUUCAAAAUAAUGCUGACCGACGGCCUUAGGCAGACUAACUACACGUGCUUGCAACGAAUUGAUUACAAGUCUUUUGUGUGGAUGCUUAUGGCCAUUUAA